AUCUUGAACAUAUUUCAUGGUAAUAUUUGUUCUCGUUCGACCCGAAAUUCUUUAUUUUAUGCCGUUUUUACGCUAGAUUUUCAUCAUGGCGGGUGUACAAGUAAAAGAGGGAGAAUACACAACCACAAUUUAUGGGCUGAUAAAAAACCAAAAGUUCCAUGAAGCAAUACAAAUUCUGUCACAGGAGCUGGAAAAUCAUCCAAAGUCAAGAGCAGCCCUUUCACUGCUAGGAUACUGCUACUUUCAGGUUCAAAGCUUUGAUGCAGCUGCUGACUGCUAUGGCCAACUGACACAGAUUCAUCCAGAGGUUGAUGAAUACAAAAUGGCUUAUGCUCAGGCAUUAUAUAAAGCAUUUAUGUAUCCAGAGGCAAUGAAAGCAACAUUUCAAAUUGAAAAUCCUACGUAUCAUGCAAAGGUACUGAAGCUCCAGGCAGCUAUCAAAUAUGGAGAAGAGGAUCUGCAGGGGGCAAAGAGUAUGGUGGAGCAGUGUGCUGCAGAUGAUCCUGACACUGAAAUCAAUCUUGGAUGUCUUCUCUUCAAGGAGGGAAGGUAUGCAGAGGCAUGCCAAAAGUUUCAGACAGCAAUGAAUAUUCUUGGAUAUCAACCAGAUUUGUCAUACAACAUAGCCCUAUGUUUUUACAGCUUGAAGCAAUAUGCACCUGCGUUGAAGCACAUUGCUGACAUUAUUGAACGUGGAAUCAGAGAGCAUCCAGAACUAAGUGUCGGGAUGACUACAGAGGGUAUUGAAGUCAGAAGUGUGGGGAACACCAAGGUGUUACAUGAAACAGCUUUGAUUGAAGCAUUCAAUCUUAAAGCAGGGAUUGAACACCAGCUGAAAAACUUUGACUCUGCACAGGAAGCCCUCACUGAUAUGCCUCCAAGAGCUGAAGAGGAACUGGACCCAGUAACUUUGCACAACCAAGCACUUAUGAACAUGGAGGCCAACCCAACUCAGGGCUUUGAAAAGUUACAGUUUUUGUUACAGCAAAAUCCAUUUCCUCCAGAAACAUUUGGAAAUCUUUUGUUAUUAUAUGUAAAAUACCAGUAUUUUGACCUGGCAGCUGAUGUGUUGGCAGAGAAUGCUCAUUUGACAUAUAAGUUUCUCACCCCAUAUAUGUAUGACUUUCUGGAUGCUAUGAUUACACAGCAAACGUCUCCAGAAGAGGCAUAUCGCAAAUUAGAUGAUAUGGCUACAAAACAGACAGAAACUUUAAGAAAACUGACAAAACAGGUUCAGGAAGCAAGGCAGAACCAUGAUGAUGACACUGUGAAGAAAGCUGUCAAUGAAUAUGACGAGGCAUUGGAAAGGUACAUCCCUGUGUUAAUGUCUCAAGCUAAGAUCUACUGGGAUCGUGAUAAUUAUGCACAAGUCGAAAAGAUAUUUAGGAAGUCUGUGGAGUUUUGUAAUGAGCACGAAGUUUGGAAACUAAACGUUGCUCACGUGCUAUUCAUGCAGGAAAAUAAAUACAAGGAAGCCGUGGGAUUUUAUGAACCGAUUGUGAAGAAACAUUACGAUAAUAUUCUGAGUGUGAGCGCCAUAGUGCUGGCAAAUCUUUGCGUGUCAUACAUUAUGACCAGUGCGAAUGAAGAGGCAGAGGAACUAAUGAGAAAGAUUGAGAAGGAAGAGGAACAAGUGGCUUAUGAUGAUCCAGAGAAGAAGAUUUAUCAUCUCUGUAUAGUUAAUCUUGUUAUUGGAACCUUAUACUGUGCCAAGGGAAACUAUGAGUUUGGGAUUUCCAGGAUAAUGAAGAGUUUGGAGCCAUAUAAUAAAAAGCUGGGAACAGAUACUUGGUUUUACGCUAAGAGAUGUUUCCUGUCGCUUCUGGAAAACCUGGCCAAACAUAUGAUCAUGCUACGGGAUAGCGUGAUUCAGGAUAUUAUUCAGUUUCUGGAACACUGCGAAACUUAUGGCAAAAAUGUACCUGCAGUGGUCGAACAACCAUUAGAGGAAGAAAAAAUGCAUCCAGGAAAAAACACUGUUACAUUUGAGGCCAGAGAAUUAAAGAGCUUGUUCUUGCGUUUGAUUUAAAAUACUACAAUAGAAUGGUACCGUCGCAACAUUUUUAAAAAUGAAUCCAGAAGGAGAAUCUACGAACACCGCAGGAAUGCACACACGAUUUGGAAAGACUAACCCAUGCAGCAGCUACCAAGCGCAGGAAAGGAUUUUUUUUCCCCGACCGAAGGUCAAAACAAUUGCUAUGUAAAAAUGAUAUAUAAAAAUAUUCAUCUAUCAGUGUAAAUAACUAUGCAGUUUCGGUGCACUCAAAGUUUUCUGCCCUGUGGAGUUCCCACUUGAGAAGUUAAUGGAAAAAUAGCCCAACAAACAAGUAGUCUUAAAACAACUAGUAAUCACAAACUUACGUUUAAAUAAAGUCUUCGAACUAUUGUA